CUCUCUCUGGUUCCCCUCUCACCCACCCCCUUCUCGAUCCCCUCCAGAUCCCCGUCGUCGCCGGCCUCUCCUCGUCGUCGUUCGCCGGCCUCUCCUCGCCACCACCGCGCACUCUGUUUCCUCCCACCGCGCACCCUGUUUCCUCCGGCCGCGCACACCGCACCGUAGGUCAAAAGCUUGCUUUUUUAGGCGCCGUCGACGAGCUUCUGGGCGGCGGAGGAUGGAUCCGCGUGCACUGAAGUUGGAUCCGCGCGUCUCGACGCCGUAGCAGCGCCGUCCUCCUCCACGACCACACAACCGCGUCGGCGGAGGACCCGAAUCCCUAGCCAGCGAGCUCAGGCAGCCAUGGAUCCAUGGUCGAUGCCAUGGAAGAGCCACCAACAGCAGCAGCUAAGAUAUGGACAUGCAGGCCGCUGCGCUCCCUGAUGCAUCAUGCGUGCUGCCCUCCCUAACCACCGCUUCUCGGACUCUACUUCUUCCUUGGUCACCAUGGAAGGUGGAGUGUUGUUGAGGUCUGGGAGAACCAUCUUCUACAGGCGAGACGACGAGGCCGUUGUCAGUGGUGAGCUGGUACUACAGGAGAAGGAACAUGCCCAAGAGAAGAAGGAUCACGCCCAGGACAACAAGAAGGAGCAGGAUAAGGCCCUAAGGACCUGGGAUCGCUGCUGCUGGACCUGGGACCUGGGAUCGCUGCUGCUGGAGCUGGGACCUAGGAUUGCUGCUGCUGGACCUGGGAACUAGGAUCGCUGCUACUGUGUGCCUCCUUGGCACCCCUGGAUUUGGGAUCGCCGCUGGAGACAAGGACCUGGGAUCGCUGUUGGAGGCGAGGACCUGGGAGCGCAUGGGACCUGGGCGCAUGGAGGAGAAGCAGGGGCAGGCGGAGGAGAAGCAGGGGCGGGCGGGCGGACGAUGUCCUGGUGAACAGGCGGGCUAUGGCCUAGCGGAUGGAGGAAGAAGAUGAUGGGGAUACCGAUUCAAACUAGGGGCAACGAUGUAAAUUCCACCGUUUUCACCUGGUCGGAACGAAUCCUCCAGCGACUUACAUUUCGGAACGGAGGGAGUAUUUAAAAUUAUGUUCCUCUCAGUGUGCUGCUUCCGGCGAUCUCAUCAAGACGACUGCAUGCACGGUUGAUCGGGAGAGCAGGUGUCUUCGGAACCCUGUCGUUCUAGAUCCUGCCUGGAAGAAUGACAAUAAGGAUUUUGGGGAGCGUCUCGACGCGACUGCUCCCGAUCCGUCCGCGUCUCCAUCCUCCUCUGCUUCCACUACUUCUCCUGCAUUGACCCCAUGACCGACAACGCCGAGGUUGCUGUUGCCGCCGCCGCAUUGGCCUGACCAACCGGAGGGUAUGAUUCGCUCAUCCCCUAUUUGCUCGUUCAUGUGCUAGCCGUAUAUGUUGUGUUCAUAGAGUUUCGGUUCUAUGUAUUGUACAUGCUCACAUUCUUAGGUAUCAGUAUAAGUUGCACACUAUGAUAGCCA